UGGCCGAGGCUCUUAGCCUGCCGACGAGCCACUCCCGCCGCCCAGCGAAGCUCCCAGCCGAGACGCCCGCAGCCCCACGACGCCCAGGCCGCCGGCACAAUGCCGAAAACGAUUAGUGUGAGAGUGACCACCAUGGAUGCGGAGUUGGAAUUUGCCAUUCAGCCCAAUACAACGGGGAAACAGCUCUUUGAUCAGGUGGUGAAAACGAUCGGCCUGCGAGAAGUUUGGUUCUUUGGACUCCAGUACCAGGACACCAAGGGCUUCUCCACGUGGUUGAAAUUAAAUAAAAAGGUUACAGCUCAGGACGUGCGCAAAGAGAGCCCGCUGCUUUUCAAAUUCCGGGCCAAAUUCUUCCCAGAGGAUGUCGCAGAGGAGCUGAUCCAAGAUAUCACGCAGCGCCUGUUUUUCCUCCAAGUGAAGGAGGCCAUCUUGAACGAUGACAUCUACUGUCCCCCGGAGACGGCCGUUCUCCUGGCUUCUUAUGCGGUCCAGUCCAAAUACGGGGACUUCAAUAAGGAGGUUCAUAAGCCCGGUUAUCUAACGACUGACAAACUGCUUCCUCAAAGAGUUUUGGAACAGCAUAAACUUAACAAGGAUCAGUGGGAAGAAAGAAUCCAGGUGUGGCAUGAGGAACAUCGGGGGAUGCUCAGAGAAGAUGCCAUCUUAGAAUACCUAAAAAUUGCACAAGAUCUGGAGAUGUAUGGUGUGAACUACUUUAGUAUUAAGAACAAGAAAGGCUCAGAACUCUGGUUAGGAGUAGAUGCUCUUGGACUCAACAUUUAUGAACAGAAUGACCGGCUAACACCCAAAAUUGGGUUCCCCUGGAGUGAGAUCAGAAACAUUUCCUUCAAUGAUAAGAAGUUUGUCAUCAAGCCCAUUGACAAGAAAGCCCCAGAUUUUGUCUUCUAUGCUCCCCGGCUAAGGAUUAACAAGCGCAUUCUGGCUCUGUGCAUGGGGAACCAUGAGCUCUACAUGCGCAGGCGUAAGCCGGACACCAUCGAGGUGCAGCAGAUGAAGGCCCAGGCCCGAGAGGAGAAGCAUCAGAAGCAGAUGGAGAGGGCUUUGCUGGAGAACGAGAAGAAGAAGAGGGAGAUGGCCGAGAAGGAGAAGGAAAAGAUUGAACGUGAGAAAGAAGAGCUGAUGGAGAAGCUCCGACAAAUUGAGGAGCAAACUAAGAAAGCUCAGCAAGAGCUGGAGGAGCAAACGCGCAGGGCGCUGGAGCUGGAGCAGGAAAGGAAGCGAGCCGAGGAGGAGGCAGAGAAGCUGGCCAGGGAGCGGCAGGAAGCCGAGGAAGCCAAGGAAGCCUUGUUGAAAGCCUCCAAUGAUCAGAAGAAGACCCAGGAACAGCUGACCAGUGAGAUGUUGGAGCUCACCACCCGGAUCUCGCAGCUGGAAUGUGCGCAACAGAAGAAGGAGAGUGAGGCGAUGCUGUGGCAGCAGAAAGCCCAGUUGGUUCAGGAGGACUUGGAGAGGACCAAGGAGGAGCUGAAGUCCGUCACCUGCACUCCGCACGUGUCUGAGCCCAUGCAGUCGGAGAACGAGCACGAUGACGAGCAGGACGAGAACGCGGCAGAGGCCAGUGCGGAACUGCGGGCACACGCCUCCAUCAAGGACCGCAGCGAGGAGCAGCGCACCACCGAGGCAGAGAAGAACGUGCGGGUUCAGAAGCACCUGAAGGCUCUCACCUCCGAGUUGGCCAAUGCGCGGGACGACACCAAGAAGACAGCCAACGACAUGAUCCAUGCAGAGAACAUGCGGCAGGGCCGUGACAAGUACAAGACACUCCGCCAGAUCCGUCAGGGCAACACCAAGCAGCGCAUCGAUGAAUUUGAGUCCAUGUAGUCAUUCCAGCCUCUGCUGUACCUUCCCCCCCCCCCGCCCUCCCCCUCCCCUCAUGCAAAUUUGCGAUGCUGGAACCAUCCACUACAGGAGAGUGAAUAGAUCGGCCUCCUGGGCUGGUAUUCAAAAUAGGACCAAACAGGAAGAAAAAGCAAAAGUCAGUUGUGCCUUAUUAUUAUUGCAGUUUUCCAGCAGCCGGCCUCUGUUUAGCAGGGCUGAUGAGCUUACGUAUCCCACUGCUUUUUAUUGCUUAUAAGAAAAAUAUUAGUGCUGAGCUGCCAGUGGAGCCGCUGCCUAACCACGGACCGCUUCCCCCUCCUAAGCUCCCUUGCUGGGCUCUGGAGGGGCACGGCCUUGCUCUGCCCUAACUCCAGUCCCUGCCGGGGCUUUUGCUUCUCCAGGUAGAUGCUCUGCUUGUGGAGAAGGGAAGGAAGCACCCAAGGGCGAUGGCCAACGUGCCUUCUCCCCUCUUGGCGCCAAGAGCAAACCGCUGAGCAGGCCUAGCCAGGCCCUCAGGUCUCUUUACGUUCUCCAAGUGCUCCUUACUGAGACUGUUGAACAAAAUUGGAUGCGCCUUCCCUUCUUCCCAGUAGAUUUGCUACAGAACCGUUGUCUUCCCAAAAGGAAAAAGUUUGGCCAUGGAGCGGUUGUCAUUCAUUUUGCCAACCUUGUCAAGACAUUCAGAGAGGUUUUGGGUCAGCCGGAAAUCUCCAACCGGCACGGCUGCAAAACUACACCGCUCAGCCUCGUAGGGCGUGCCUCCCACGUGCCUGGGCCCACGGACAUGCCUGAUGGUGCCUUAAUGACACUCCCUUUCCCUCCUCUAGUUGUGUAAGGUUUUAUAAAAGUCUUCUUACUUCCACUGAUGCAAAACCAAAAAUACUUUACACAAAGAUGUAUUUUGUGUGUGAAUCUCCAUGUUGCCAGCCGUUCUACUGUUAGGAAGGUGAGGUUUGGUUUUGAAAAGGUGCCGUUUCUGCUGCUUUCUUUUCUGUUGGAAGGGCGGCCGGCCCCCAUUUCCACACCCCGUCCCUCUGGGGGCCUGCAGGUCUGCGGCUCUAGACAAAGACGGGUGGUUGGCCUCCCAGGACCAUAGAAGGGUCUCUCGGCGGUUGAGCCACUUGGCUCUUUGAAAGGAGCCCCCUUUCUGAAUUUCUCCCGGGGUGCCUGUCCUGGGACUCUUCCCAUGGAUGCGGAAGGGUUGGAGAUGAGUCUGGGGUCUUCUGCCUUCUCUCCCAAAUUUCACUAUAAAUGGCUUCCUCUGCAGGAAACCUUCCCCCCCACCCCCGAAAGCCCCCUUUGCUUAGCACCCUUCAAGUCUUUUCCUAUACUUUUGGCCCUUUUCUGCCUUCCUCCUGCACACACACACGCACACACCCCAAUCCCAGCUUGCAUUUAUCCAAAAAGUAUUAUUCUGAAACAGCACCACAGCUCUAGAAGCAAAUUGUACUGGGUGUAAGGUUGGCCAAAGUCAAGUCCACUAAGGGUGGUGAGAAGGAGCUGCUGCACAAUUGUCCCAAAGCUGCAGCUGAAGCCCUGGGCCUUGAGGCGGUGCCGGGAGACCUGCGCCUUGCAGCCAGAGGGGUCUCGGUGUAAGCAGCCCAACAUUUCCAAAGAAAGACCCUCCUCCUCUCUUCCUCCUCCUCCCCUUCCUUCUUCCGACUCCACGUGCCUUUGGGAAGGGAUGGAUGAGAGGGUGUGGACAACCAUCUCCUCCUCCCCUUGAAAUAUUACAAUGCCAUGGCUUUGAACCGUUUCCUAAAAAUUACUCAUUGAGUAAUGAGUAAUUACUCAUUUCUCUGAGUCAGCAUUAAAACUUGUGGUGCUGACAUUGUUUCUGGGCCUUCCUGUAAAUUCGGCCUAAGCUUGCCAGAGGCUCGCUUGGAUUUCCUUUCUUUGCCCCUGCAAAAACGCCUCCCAGGGGGUUUCUGUGUUGCCCCAGGCGCUGUGGGGCUGCCGGGCACCGCAGUGCUGCCACCCAGUUGCUUCCAGGACAGGCAGCCACCUGCCGGGGGCCGUGAGUUCGCCUCCUCCUCCUCCUCAGUAGUUGGUUCAGCUCUUCCCUGAUUUUAACCAGUAUUAUGUACUCCAGUGACCAUGGUAUUGAUUUCAUGCUCUUUUCUAGCUAUGCAUGAUUAGAAAAUAUUAAUCUCAGAAGUGUUGAGGGGAAGUAACUCUGUUCUCCCUUCAUAGAAAAUGUAUACUGUGUUGUAAAGAGAUGAUAUUUUGCAGAAAUUAAUGUAAGAUGCAUUCAGUAUUACAAUGAGAUUUUUAGAUUUUUUUUUUAAUUAUUGGGUUAGAAAAUGUGGAGGCUUUUUUCUUCCUCUCCGCUCCCCCGUCUGUUUACUGUUACACCUGGGUAUGUGCUAUCCCUCUGGGGGAGGGAGUUUGCCCAAUUAAUCAUCAUUUUUUUUUUUUUUGUCUGGCUUUAUAUUUGUGUUACGGAAUUUUUGCUGUAAAUUAUGUCUUCUUUUUUUGACCAUCCUUUUUACAUGUAAUGUCGAAGCACCAGCCUUCUCAGGGGAGGGUCUGCAAGGCGGCCUGUGGGGGGAAGCGGAGACCCCCCAGCACUUGCUACUGUCCGAGGUGUUUGACUCGACACCCCCCCCCCGUCUCUUUGUAUCAGUGCCAAUAAAGUUUAGACAAGGCAGCUGC